AAAGUAACUCUCAUGCUUCAAAAAAUUUGGAUCAUACAGCAGGUUAUUGGGGAUGCUCAGUCUUGCCUUCUGCACCUAGAAUCCAACCAAAUUUGUUUUGAGUUAGCUCAUGACUACAUCAAGAUAUGAUUCCCGGUGUCUGGUUUCUUGUUUGUUUCUUAUUGUUAUCAACAGCAUGUUCCUCCAAAAAUAAGAACAAUAAUGGUAUUUCAGUAGAAAAAUUAACUUUUAUAUAGUAUUUGGUUUUGAGAAUAAUUGCAAUUAAAAUUACUUAAAUGUGUUAAAGUUUAUGUUAUGUAGAAGAACUGUAUCACCAGGGAGGAAGUUCCUGCUGGAUUUUUGCAACAAUUUUUGGAUGGCAUUGCUUCAUCAGUGAGAUGGUCAACCUAAAAGGAGCCUUAAGUCGCUGUACACAUAAAGGGACAUAUGGGGAUUAUUUCUGCUGACAGCAUACUGCUUUCACUAAGUUAACGCAUAAACUAUAGUAUGCUAGUUAGAUCUCUUAUAAGUGUUACAAGUCAGGUGCACUUUGAGCAGUUACAUUCGCUUGUUAGUGGAAUCUCAAUAUGCUCAUCUUACACAUCAAUAGGAUGUAGAAAGACACCCAUGCUAUGCUACUGCUAUAACUUGAGGAACAAGUCCAUAUUGAAGUUUUGUGACAUUGUUUUUUGUGGCAUCAGCUUAAUUGGUGAGUUGAUCUGCCUUAAAUAUAACUCCAAACCCAAAUUAUAAUUUUUUUAAAACAAAUUUCAACUCAUGAAAAUUAAAUGUAACAAAAUCAUUUGAACCUAUUUUGACUGAUUUUUUUGCAUUGGUCACCGACUUUAAGAUUCCUAUCAGGUUUCAGGGGCUCAACAGAUAGAAAUACGAGAUGGAUUCUCACAUUGCAUGAAAUUAAGAUGCUAUUUAUCAUGAUUUUCUGAUAGACGAAGUAGAUAUGUCCAAAAUUCCUGAAUCAAACGAACCGCUGCAACCCUGGUAUUAUUGUUCGUCUUCGGCAAAAUCUAAUGGAUGGUACUUUAGUCCAUGGUCAGGGUCAAAGAUUUUCCUUUCUAAAAGGCAUUCAAGCUUUAAUUACUGAAGCCAUUUUCAUGCUUCUCUGUGCAUUAAGGUUUGAUCACGAGAACUUAAUUCACCACUUAUAUGUAUAUAACCAGAGUUUGCCUCCAAGGACAAGAAGAAAGUUCAUUGUAUGGGGGGAACUCUUUUCUGUCUCAUCUUGUGUUAUGCUUAAUGUCUUGUAUUCUUUUCCUCGCGGUGCCAUAACACUAC